AUGGCAUUACCGGAAAGUCUACAUAAUAUUAAUCCGCAGCAACGAAAAGUUUGGGUGCUGGCCCCCCAUCUUCAUACCGGCGAUGCUAAUGUUGAUUACUACUACGAUUUUACCCAAAGCAUACAGGAAUAUACCAAAGUUUUUACUGAACUGAAUACCGAAUGGGUAUGGCAGCCGGUUACCAUGGCCAAUUACAAAGAUGUAAUUGACAUGAUAGAAAUGGAUACUACCCCACAGCCGCCGGUAAUACUGAAUUUGUGCGAUGGCGACGAAAUCAACGGCACCCCCGGCAUCUCUGUACUGAAAUACCUGCACCAGAAGAAAAUGAUCUACACCGGUGCAAACGAAUACUUCUAUGAUAUUACUACCUCAAAGAUUGUAAUGAAGGAGGCAUUUGACAAAGCCGGCAUUUCAACCCCCGCCUGGCAGGUAAUUGAUGAAACCGCUACCGAUCUGCAGGGUGUAUUCAACCAACUGGGUCAGCCGCUGAUUGUGAAACCAGCAGUGUCCGGAGGAAGUAUGGGCGUAGGUAUUAAAUCUGUGGUCAGCAACCAGGAAGAGCUGGCCAAUCAAUUAAAAAUCUUGUUCGAUGGAUACCGUGGCUGGAGUUUAACGGCCGGCGGCGUAAUUGCCGAAGAAUACAUCAACGGGCCCGAAUUCACCACUUUUAUUGUGGGGGACGCCGACAAGCCCAACAAAAGCAUUUUAUAUCCCCCGGUGGAGCGUGUUUUUCAUCCCGCAUUGCCCGAUAAAGAGAAAUUUCUGUCGUUCGACAGGCUUUGGGAGACCUAUGAUGAAGAAACACCCCUGCCCAAUGAUGAACCUUUCUACACUUAUCAUCACCCCGAUAAAAAACUGCACGCCGCCAUUACCAAAUUGAGCUGGGAUGCCUAUGUGUCGGUAGGCGGUAAGGGUUAUGGAAGGAUUGAUCUUCGGAUGGACAAGAUCAACGGAAAAUUGUUUGUACUGGAGGUUAAUGCCCAGUGCGGUAUCAGCGAAGAUGAGAACUAUACAUCCAUCGGCGCCAUACUGCGUUUAUCGGGCAAUACUUUCAGCAAUAUGGUGGCCGCCAUUAUAGACAAUGCUCUGGUAAGAAGAAAAGGAAAAAAACCUGCGCCAAAACCAAAGAAAACAAUCGGCAGAAAAGAAAAACAACUCAUUAAACAGGGUUAA